ACUCUCAUUCUCUCCAUCGCCCUCCCGUUCCUCUCUCUCACUCCCGCUCUCUUUUCUCUCUGCAACGCAGAGACAAACCCGCAUCCGACCAAUUGAGCCUCCAAAACCACGACCAUCGCAAACUACUCCUCAAACCCUUACCCAACACAGCCGUGUCUUCCGUGUUCCCAAACUCGGACCCAAAAACCGAGAACCACGAACUCAGUCGCACUCGAACUUUUCGACGAGUUUUUCGUCGUUUUCCCGGCUAAGAUCAAAAGAGGAGAAGUCUAUUGCAGAACUCCGGCGAGUUGAAGAGAGAACCCGCUGAUUUUCCAACCAAACCUCGUCGAUUUGGAUUAUUUUGAAGCCACCAUUCGAGCCACCAGCAUCCCUAGGCUGAGUUUCGAGCAAGCCGCGGGUUCGAAACUUGGAAAUUCGAGCCGAGCCAAACCAAGGUGAUAUUCGGAUUCUACACGCUAAAGUUAGUCUAGGUUGUGAAUUUCGUAAAUUUUGGAUGUGUUUUUGUGACUCACCAGUGUUCUGGAAAUUUUCCGGCCAAGAUUUUAACAAGCUAGGUAGCUCCUAAAUUGCGUUAGCAGGGGAUAUAGUAUCAUUUGAACUUGAGUUAUGGCGCACUCCACUAUAACCAUAAGUGAUCUAGGUCAUAGGAAUACUUCAGAGGGGGAAGCUUCUAAGGAAGAUGAAGGACACAGAAGUAGAACUACUGCAGAAUGGCCAACAAUUGAGCCACAACGUCAUCAACCAAAAAUAUUCUUUCCAACCUGGAAUGUUAUCUUUAUAGUAUCAUCUGCAUUUUCUCUCUUCGUUGAUCCCUUGAUCUGCUAUAUUCCGGUCAUCGUCGAGAAAGAGACUUGCUAUUUUUGGAACCUAAAGUUGGCGUGGAUAUAUAUCGCUUUACGAUCAUUCGGGGAUCUCUUUUAUUAUAUGGACAUGGUUGUUUUUUUUAAGAGAUUUCGCACCGAACUUAGUGCCAAGUCUUUUGCAGGGGCCUCCCCCACAAAAACUAUUGAUGAUCAUCAUUUGUCAACGCUUCGUAAUUUCAUCCACAAGAAACCAGUUGGGUUCUUAGCCAUUCUACUUCGCAUUUGGGUUGCUUUUCCCCUUCUACUGGCAAUAUUGAUCAUUGGAAUUUAUACAUACUUGGAUUAUUUUGCGCUUAUUUACCUACUUCCAUUCCAAUAUACAAUGAGGGCUUAUAACUACUACGAAUGGCUUUAUCGGCUUGCUAACGUAGAGACUGGAACAAGAAAAGUGCUUAAAGCUAUGUUAGACUUACUUCCGUUCAUCAUUGCUUCUCAUCUUUACGGAUCCAUGUGGUACUUUUUUGCCCUGAGUCGAGAGAUAGCAUGUUGGGAUGAUUAUGUCUCCCAUCAUGUACACUUCGGUAAUGAUUCCUUCUAUUGUAAUUAUUCUGAGCGCGCCAAGGAUAUGUACAGACCGCGCAUCAAUGAUGAUAUCAGAAUGGGUGCAAAUCUAUCAUGCGCUGUAGAACUUCCGAAAAAUAUGACAUCGUUGCCUUUCGAUUAUGGUAUAUAUCUCUCUGCUCUCCAAUCUGACAUGAAAACAUCAGGAGAUCUUCCAAGAAAGAUCUUGCAAUGUUUUUGGUGGGGCUUGCGAAAUCUAAGUUCUUUUGGUUCAAACCUUCAGACCAGUUUCUACGCGCCCGAAAUUUUCUUCUCAGUUGUGAUCUCUAUAAGUGGCUUGGCACUAUUUUUAGUGUAUCUCAAUUCGAGGGUGCAGGGGUUCCAAAAAAUAGCCGAGCAACGCAUAUUGAGACAGAAGAUGAAAACGACAUAUCAAGUCUUAAUAGAACAAAUACAUAUUAUGCGCCGUUUCCGCAUGAAUUCACUAAAGAAAGUUCCAUUUCUUGGAAGUAUUGAUGAACAAGUGUUGAAAGCAAUAUCUGAGCAUCUAAAGCCUGUGAUUUAUGCUGAGGAUGCGUAUAUUAUUCGAGAGGGUGAACCGUUGCGGAAGAUGCUGUUCAUCCGGCGAGGCACUGCUUUGACCUACACAACUAGUAAAGGUGCAACAAGUGUUUGCAAAUGCCUUGAGAAAAAUGAUUUCUAUGGAGAAGAACUUGUAAUUUGGGCAUUCAAAUUUGCCUCAUUUUCUGAGUUGCCUAUCAGCACUGCAACCCUUGUGUCCCAAUCAAAAGUUGAAGCAUUUUCAAUUGCGGCAAACCACUUGAAGUCUAUAGUCGCUAAGUUAUGGUGGCACUUUAGAAAGGAACUUCCUCACUCUCAGGUGGAGUAUUUUGCAGUUUCUUCCAUACAAGCAGCCUGGCGCCGCCAUGCAAAAAAAGCUAAGACAACUGGCUGGGAAAAAUAA